AUGUGCUGCAGCUGCAGCGGAGCCCCCGUCACCGCAGAGCCGGCCCGAGUCUCCGCCAGACCCCUUGGUCGACGCCUGGUGCAAAGCUCCAUUCGACCGCGCGGAGCCAGAACAGGGGGGCAGUUUGCGCAGGACUAUGGAGCAUCUUCCGACAAGAUCUCGGUAUCAGAGCUGCUGAACCGGCCUGGCCUUUCAGCAAAGGACUGCAUGGCCGCGCUUAGCCAAUUCGGCUGGCUGCAGCAGUGGCAGCAUGCACUCGACCUGUUGGGACAGAUGAGCUCUAGACGUGUGCAAGCAGAUGAGUUCUUCUUCAACAAGCUCAUCAGCAUAUGCUCGGCACGCCAGGAGGGGAGGCCGGGGAGGCCGGAGAGGAUAUGUCUGCAGCUGCUGGAAGACAUGGAGCGAGCUCGUAUAGUCCCAGAUGUGCGGGCGUGCAACGCUGCGGUCGCGAGCCUGAGCAAAGGAUCAUGGCAGGAGGCGCUGCAUGUGCUCGACAGCAUGAGAUCGAGGGGCACACGUCCCGACGUUGUCUCCUUCAACACCACGAUCUCUGUCUGUGCAUCCAGCAAGAAGUGGGCCGAGGCAUUGCAGCUUCUCGAAGAGGGACGGGAGCUGCCCUCGGGUGCGGAUCCGACAACGUACGGCGCAACGAUCAACGCUUGCGAGGAGCACUGGGAGCUGGCUUUGCACCUUUUGAAUGAGAUGUCUGCCAGAAAGCUGGAGCUCAAUGAGGUGAUCUCCGCCUCGACCAUCCGAGCAUGUUCGAACGGGGACAACCCAGAAGCCGCGAUCGAGCUCCUGCGCACCCUCCAGCAGCAAGCAGUCAGGCAAAACGUGCGAACCUACACGUGCGCCAUGGCUGCGUGCCAUCGCGACCAAUUCUUGUGGCCUUGGUCAUUGUGGCUCCUCUCCGAGGUGAAGGAACAGGGACUGGAGAUGGACAUUGGGCUCUUCAAUGCAGCAAUGGGUGUGUGCCGCACUUCGCAUGGCUUUGGCCACUUACGGAAGCGGAAUAUGGGACAAGUUGAACAACUCUUCAAGGAUGUUCAAUAUCAUCGCUUGAAGCCCGACGUCGUCACCUACAGCCAUGUGAUGGCAGCGGUUCGCGAGGCAGGUGAAUGGGAACAGGCCCUGGAAGUCUUGGAUGAAGCGCUUUCUUCCAAUCUCCGGCCAGACAGCCAGUUGUACACGAACGCCAUUGCGGCGUGUGCAGAUGCAGCCAGUUGGCAGAGUGCCAUGCGCUUGCUAGGAAACGCGACUGCCGUUGGUCCUUCGGAGCAUCACUGGAGUGCAGCGAUGACGGCGUGUUCCGAUGCGACCCAGUGGCAGUACGCCCUGUUGCUGGCCAGUGAAAUGACAGACAUUGGCUUGUCUGCUGGCGUCGUGAGCUAUACUGCCAUGAUGAGUGCUUGCACCCAUGGCGGAAUGUGGCAAAACACCCUUCAGCUCUUGGACAUGUUGCAGGCUGCUGGCGAAGCGCCCAACUAUGUCACCAUGACGGCAGUGAUCAAGGCUUGCAUCACAAACACCAACUGGACUUUUGCGCUGCACUGGAAGAGCAUUCUGGACAAACUCGGCGUGAGUGGAUACUUCACAACCUACACGUACCUCAUAGGGCUUUGUGCCGAGGCGGAGCAGUGGAAUUGGGUGGAGUAUUUGAUGGCCGAGAGUAACGUCAGGUUUCCGAGUGCGGAGAACUUCGAUCAACGCCAGGUGAGAGGAUUUGCUUCGGGGCUCGUCUUCCACGCUCAUUUGCUGGGCAAGGACCGCCCGCAAGCACGCAGUGCCUCUGCGCGGCGACGCCAGGUGCAGGAGAAUCCACAGCUGGAAGCAGCGCAAACUUCCAGGAGUGCUCCCUCUUCGGGAUCGCGACAAGCAGAGCUGGACUACGACGAGAAGCUGAAGCGACACGAGGCGUCCUUGACCUUGGCCCAACGUUUGGGCUUGGUGGCGAAGCCGGCGCAGCCCCUGACCCACGAGCAGUGGGAGCAAGUGAAACAUGCCUCUGACUCUCGUCAAGACAGUGAAGUACCCUGCAGCAUCUGCCUGGAGGAUUUCCGGACAAGACCGCAGGUGAUUCUGAGUUGCAGCCACGUCUUCCAUGGCGAGUGUUUGCGCAGCUUUGAGCGAUUUUCUGGCAAGCGGUACUGCCCCCUGUGUCGCUGUCCAUAUUUCGAUGCGACGAUCCACUAUUCGGGGCUCAUGGUUUGGCGGAAGAAGUGUGCAAGCAGAAUUCAGCGGGCAUGGCGUGGCUACCGCAGCCGUGGGGAGAUCUUCUUGCAGCUCCGGCAACCGCAGCUUCGCGCUGAAGCCCCGACCUUGCACCGGCGCUUCUGCGGAAAGGCUCUGCAGGCAUUGGGAGGCAAGCUGGAGAAGGUUUGCGAGGCGCAUGAGGAUGCCCUCGAUCGAUUUCUUCAGGAGCUGGAUGGCAGCGUGGCAAGCUCUUCAGCGCAGAUUCGUGACGGAUUGCGCGACUUUGAGCAGCUGCACUUCGGGCCUGGAAGCUCCGUGGCAGGUGCCCUGGCUGAGAGCGCUGUGACGGAGGCGGCCCACCAGGAGGAUGUGCCUUCCUGCUCCGACAGCCAAGCAGAAGGCAAACAACGCUGGGCGGUUGCCAGACAGAAAGCACUGAGUCGAGGAGAAGAGGUCGACUGUCCCAUCUGCUUCCAAGCCUGCGACUUGGUCGGCCGCGGAAGCGAUCGGGUGGAACUUCUUUCCUGUUCUCACGUGUUUCACCGCUGCUGCCUGAUGUCCUUCGAGUCCUUCCAUGUCUUCGAGGUUCACCUCUGUCCAGUCUGCAGGCAGUCCUACGAACGCCGGCCAUGGAACUUUCAAGAGGGCGACCGGCCGCCACGCCCCCCCGGUCGCCCACGCGGGGCGGCAAAGGCAAAGCCGGCUCAAGACAUGAACCGCGGAAAUCGCCAGGUGGCACGCCGUGGGGCCUCUGAAUCCAGGUUUCUUGAUUACAGAGUCCUCCGCGCAUGA